GGCAUGUUCAGUUUGAAAUUACAAAACACAUAUAAUCUGGACUCUAAAGCUUUUAUAAAACAUAACUAAUCUACUAAUCUAUAAAAAACAAUUGCAUCUUUUCUUUUAAUUCCUACUAAAUAAAGUUGAGCAUGAGGAUAUUUAAAUUAAACUUAACCCAAAAAAGCGUCAUCAUCUAGCAAACAAAAUCUCAAUCCAAACGAAGCGCCACGUCUAGGUGGCAUUUUAAAAUCUAAAUCGGGUUGUGUUGGUUUUAUGCCCAUGGAUUUAAGUAAUGAAUUGAAAAAUCGUCUUAAAAGUUCUAAACAUGCUACCGUUUCGAAUCUAAGUAAAUCGGCUACUACGACCAAUGCUUCUUCCUCCUCGUCGUCGGCACAACACGAUGAUGCAGUUAGUUUAGUGCGUAAUCUCACGAAUUUAGGUAAACCCCCGGCACAGCUAAGGGAUCCUUUAAAAAUGGAACCCGAUAUUGCCUCUGCCUCAGAGGGUGAAAGUUCGGGUGGUCGUGAAAUAUCGGAGAUUAUAAAAAAUAGUGCUGUAGCACGUAGGCGUAAAUUUAACGAAGGAAAUCUCAUAGCCAAAAGUAAAAGUCAUUCAUCUAUUGUUGUUCCUCCUCCACCUGGUGGUGUAGCAAUUGGUAUUGGACCACAAUUACCUCCAUUAUCGGGUGGUUUUAUAAAAUUGCGUCAUGUAGGUACGACAUCAGAUAAACAACAAAAAGACGAUCAACCAGAAACAACAACAGCCUCAGCAACAGCAACAACAAAUCUAUUGGAAACACAACAAAAACAAAACAUAAUAGAUAAUAACAAAUUAGAGCAAGAAGAAAUAACAAGACAACCCACAGCUUUGCCAGCAUUUUUACAAGGCGGCCUUAGACGCAGUCAAACGCAAGUCAUGGGUCCCGAUCAACGUUCCAUUUCUAAAACCGGCUCUAUAGCCGAUCGUUUGGCAGCUUUACAAAAAAGUGGUGAAGAUGAUUGGAAACGUCGUAUUUCCAAGCCCGAUAUUGAUGAUAUAAAACGUGAAAAUUUUGUUAAUGUAAGUACAAAAUGAGAAUUUAUUUAUAAUAUUUUAAACAAAUU